AUGACAAGACUAAGGAUGUUUUAUAACAAAUUACUGGGCACGCUGGCCAUAGGAGUCGGGCUCGCGUGGGCGCUCGAGAACACUACCAUAUACGAAUUUGACUUCGGUAAGGACAUUCUCGAUCAAAGCUAUCGCGACAUAUUUUCAGACAAUGCCUCUUCUCAGGUGCAGUUGCGGGAUGUCGUAUUGAUGAAUGGAACAGUGGUGUACGAUUCGAGAGGAAGUUGGGACAGUAGCGCGCUGGACGAGUGGCUCCAGGCGCAAAGGAACGUUUCUGUCGAGAGAAUAUUUGAAAAUAUCGGGCCCAGCGCCCUGUAUCCGUGUAUUUGGCCUGGCGUCGUGAUUGCAUCACCAUCGCAAUCGCAUCCAGACUACUUCUACCAAUGGAUAAGGGACAGCGCGUUGACGAUAAACAGCAUUGCGUCUCAUUCUGCAGGUCCAGCAAUAGAAACGUUGUUGCAGUAUUUGAACGUUUCGUUCCACUUGCAAAGAAGCAACAACACGUUGGGUGCUGGUAUUGAUUACACUAACGAUACGGUGGCAUUGGGAGAUCCUAAGUGGAACGUCGACGAUACCGCUUUCACAGGGGACUGGGGCCGUCCUCAAAACGAUGGCCCCGCUCUGCGAACCAUUGCCAUCUUAAAAAUCAUCGACUACAUCAAGCAAUCCGGCACUGAUCUGGGGGGUGAGUAUCCAUUUCAGUCCACCGAAGAUAUCUUUGACGACAUUGUACGAUGGGACCUGAGGUUCGUUAUUGACCACUGGAAGUCUUCUGGAUUUGAUCUAUGGGAAGAAGUCAAUGGGCUGCAUUUCUUUACUUUACUGGUACAACUAUCUGCCGUGGACAAGUCGCUGUCGUAUUUUAGCGACUCGGAACGGUCUUCUCUCUUUGUUGAAGAAUUGCGUCAGACGCGCCAAGACAUUUCCGACUUUUUAAUAGACCCUGCGAACGGGUUUAUCAACGCCAAGUACAACUAUGUUGUUGGGACUCCCAUGAUUGCCGAUGCGUUGAGGUCAGGAUUAGACAUAUCCACUUUAUUAGCUGCUAACGCCGUCCACGAUACGCCACUUGCUUCUCAUCUUCCUUUUGAUAUAAAUGAUCCUGCGGUCCUGAACACGUUGCAUCAUUUGAUGUUUCACAUGCGUUCGAUAUACCCCAUCAACGAGAGCUCCAAAAACACAACGGGAAUUGCCCUGGGCCGGUAUCCUGAAGACGUGUAUGACGGUUAUGGGGUUGGUGAGGGAAAUCCCUGGGUCUUGGCGACUUGUACCGCUUCAACAACGCUCUAUCAGCUCAUCUACAGGCACAUCUCUGAGCAGCAAGACUUGGUUGUUCCAAUGAACAAUGAAACUUCGAACGCAUUUUGGAGCGAACUGGUAUUCUCAAAUCUCACCACUUUGGGAAAUGACGAAGGUUAUUUGAUUUUGGAAUUCAACACUCCCGCCUUCAAUCAAACCAUACAAAAAAUCUUCCAGCUAGCUGACUCGUUCUUGAUCAAGUUGAAAGCACAUGUGGGUGCAGACGGUGAAUUAAGUGAACAGUUCAACAAAUACACGGGGUUUAUGCAGGGGGCCCAACACCUUACUUGGUCCUAUACUUCAUUCUGGGAUGCCUAUCAAAUAAGACAAGAAAUUUUACAGAGGUUGUAA